AUGAAGGCUGGUACGACCGUUACAAAGGAGGAGGUGGCCGAAUGGCAGCUUCAUGAUUUAGAGUUAGGCGAAACGAUAGGCACUGGAACCUUUGGUCGUGUUCGCCUUUGUAAGCACAAAACAUCUGGGAAAUAUAUGGCGCUAAAAAUUCUCAAAAAGCAGGAGGUGCUGCGCAUGAAGCAAGUGGAACAUAUUUUGGCAGAGUCAAGUAUUUUACAGGAGCUUAAUCAUCCCUUUAUCGUAAACAUGCUCAAGGGCUUUAUGGACAAUGACCGUUUGUACAUUCUUCUUGAGUACGUGGUAGGUGGUGAGCUUUUCACGCAUCUGCGAAAAGCCGGAAAAUUUCCCAAUGAUGUCGCAAAGUUUUAUUCUGCAGAAGUGAUUUUAGCAUUUGAGUAUCUUCACAACUGCAACAUCGUGUACCGCGACCUAAAACCGGAAAAUCUGUUAUUGGAUGCACAAGGAAACAUUAAAAUCACCGACUUUGGGUUUGCCAAGCGUGUGACCGAACGCACGUUUACGUUGUGCGGCACCCCAGAGUAUCUGGCUCCGGAAGUCAUUCAAAGCAGAGGCCACAAUAAAGCUGUGGAUUGGUGGGCGCUUGGCAUUUUAUUGUAUGAAAUGCUGGUUGGUUAUCCGCCGUUUUUUGAUGAGAGUCCCUUUAAAAUAUAUGAAAAGAUUCUGGAGGGCAAGCUGCAAUUUCCGCGUUGGGUUGAGGCACGGGCGAAGGAUCUUAUCAAGGGUCUGCUGGUGCUUGAGCCCACAAAGCGCCUUGGCUCGCUGAAUCGUGGCACCCAAGACGUUAAGCGACACAAAUUUUAUAGCGGAGUAGAUUGGGAUAUACUUUUACAGAAAAAGGUAACACCGCCCAUUCCUGUGCGGCUAAAUAAGGAAGGGGAUACGCGCUACUUUGACCGCUAUCCAGAGAGUCCCCGCCAUCCGUUGCCACCUCUGACGGCAAAACAACAAGAGAUGUUUGCAGGGUUUUGUGACGGAGAGUAUACCAAAGCGUAA